AUGGUGGAGGGAAGGAGAGAGAUCGGGCAUGGCGGCGGGCAGAGCGGCGAUGGCCCAAUGGAGCUUGAAGAAGGAGCUCUGGUUGGGGGUGAUAAUGGACAGAGUUUUUUUGGUGGUCGGAUUAUUUUUUUGGGUAAGCAUGGAGGAGUGAGAAAUCUUGAGCUUGGCUUUAAUGGUGGUGGAGAAAUUGAAAAAAAGAAAGUAUUUAUUCCUUUUCUAUAUCUUAUAUCUAUAGUAUUUUUACCCUGGUGGAUCUAUCUAUCAUUUCAAAAAAGUCUGGAAUCUUGGGUUACUACUUGGUGGAAUACUAAGCAAUCUGAAACUUUUUUGAAUGAUAUUCAAGAAAAAAAGCUUCUCGAAAAAUUCAUCGAAUUAGAGGAGCUCCGCUUGUUGGACGAAAUGAUAAAGGAAUAUCCAGAAACACAGUUACAAAAACUCGGUAUAGGAAUCCACAAUGAAAUGAUUCAAUUGAUCAAGAUGCACAAUGAGGAUUGUAUCCAUAUGAUUUUGCACUUCUCGACAAAUUUAAUCUGUUUCCUUAUUAUAGGCGGUUAUUCCAUUCUGGGAAAUAAAGAACUUAUUCUUCUUAAUUCUUGGGUCCAGGAAUUCCUAUAUAACUUAAGCGACACAAUAAAAGCUUUUUCUAUUCUUUUAGUAACCGAUUUAUGUAUCGGAUUUCAUUCACCCCAGGGUUGGGAACUACUAAUUGAAUCUAUCUACAAAGAUUUUGGAUUUGCCGAUAACGAUCAAAUUAUAUCAAGUCUUGUUUCCACUUUUCCAGCCAUUCUAGAUACAAUUUUGAAAUAUUGGAUAUUCCGUUCUUUAAAUCGUGUAUCCCCAUCGCUUGUAGUGAUUUAUCAUUCAAUGAAUGACUGAAAAGAAGAAAAAGGGUAUACGGAUAUAAAUCCAAUUCAAAUUUCUAAUUCGAAUGUUUGUUGCUUUGUACAUAAAAAUAAUCAAAGCAUUACAAAUUGCACCCCCUCUUUACUAUUUCUACCCGUCUCAGGCGGGGAGUUCCUCCGAUAUUCCAGUAAUAUUUUUUUAUUAAAUUUAGUUUUCAGUUAAAGUAAAUAGCAGAAUCGUGGAUAGGGAACUUUACUAGCAACCUACCCAAUUUAUUGUAUAAAUUUUCGGAAUCAAUGGUUGGACUAUGCAAACUAUAAAUACCUUUUCUUGGAUAAAAGAAUAGAUUACUCGAUCCAUUUCCAUAUCACUUAUAUUAUAUAUAAUAAC